AGCAUAAAGUUUAAAAAGUUCUAUGCAAUGAGAUUCGGACGGUCCAAGCUGCCGGAACUAAUCAUCGUGACAGUGUUCGGCGUCGGUGGCGGUUUCUACAUCUUCCAGCCCGCGUUCAAGCAGUACCAGGUCGAGCACAGCGGCGAAACGGCGUCGGCCAAGCCCAGUUCCGAUUCCAAGUAAACCUUAGAAGCUAACAUGUCCACCCUGGUCAACAUGUACCGGGCGAUGCGGGGUUCGCCGGCGGCCCUGCUCGGCGGAGCGAUGCUCAUCACCGGAACCGUUGUCGUGGGCUACAAGCGGCUGUACGAACCGUACGCGGCCCGGAAGCGGCGCGAAGAGUCCGAGUUCAUCGCCGAGUACAUCUUCCGGGCGGAACAGCACGCCAAGGGGCAUGAGGUGCCGGAUGGGUUUGGCGAACGGCACCAGGCGGACGGAUGAUACCGGCAGUUUUACUUUGAUAAUUUGGAGUAGUUUUGGGUUUGUGGGGGGUGAAGUUGUGUGAAUAAAGAGAGUUA